GUUUAAACUUUAUAAAUAAAUAUAUUUUUGCAUUAUUCAUUAUUGUUUUUAAAAACAAAUCACAUACACCAAUCAGCACCACCACGCGUAAUCCAAAGUUGGAAUUAAUCACCGCGAUAUUGCCAUCGCCACCGCCACAACAGAAAAUAGUAUUUAAUUGGCUUAAGAGACAUGGACUUUUAAAUACCCCAAAAAUAUGCCCCUCGUGUGGAGCUAGCAUGAUGGAAGUAGCCAAAAAGUUUUUUUUUCUAAUUUGAUAAAUUCUACGGAAACAAACGAAGGUGGACGAGUGAUAGAGAGACAGACAGACAGAUAGCUCCGGCCAGUCAGUAGCCAAAGAAACAGAUUUCAACUCAAACCAGCAGUAACAUUCCUUGUUUAGAUUUUUCUACUUUCAUUUCUGACAGCUAAUACCAUGACAGUGCCCUGUUUUUAAAUAAACAUAACUGAACGUUUGUUUGUUAGGGAUUUUUAAUAUAUGUCAUCGGAAUCGUUUACAAAAGGGGAAAGAAUAUCACCGACACCGCCUAUUGCAAAUGUUGAGCUGAACUAAUUAUAAUGAUUCGUAGUAACUAUCUCGUGUCGAGGUGAAUGUUAAUGGAUAAGACAGGGCAACAUACAUGUUUAAGGGUCAGUGUUCCAUGACCUUCAGGAUUAAAUAUUUCGUUUGAUCACAACCUCACAUCGCUAAAUAUUUCUUCCCGAUUCUACAGCGCGGGAAAUGGCUUUUAAUCGACCACAAUUCAAUCAAUGAACUUUUCUCACUCAUCUUCACUUUUCAUUUGGACUUCAUAUCAAACAUUCUACUGGUGAGUAGCAAAUAUAACUUCAUUACAUUUGCUCCACACAUAUAAACAGAGGUCUUUGAUAUCAAAAACAAGGAACUUUUUAAGAAUUCCUCAAGAAUUUCUAUGGAGAACGUUAAUCACUCGGACACUUGUAAGACGACUGUUUUUAAGAAUGGAGAUGCAGUUCGAAUGACAGACAGAGAUGAGAAAGCUGAAGACAAAAGUGUUCCUGAAUAUCGCUGUGAGAUUUAUAGGAAGACAUUCUCUUCAGAAGAUGAAGACUUCACGCAGAAAGAAAUACACAAAGAAGAAAAACGGUUCCGUUGUGAAAUAUGUUGCAAAUGUUUUAGCACGAAUGCUACUUUAAAGACACAUAUAAGAAUACAUACAGGAGAAAAACCCUUCCACUGUGAAAUAUGUGGGAAAUGUUUUACCUGUAGUGGUAAUUUAAAGGGACAUAAAAGAACACAUACAGGAGAAAAACCUUUCCACUGUGAAAUAUGUGGGGAAUCAUUUAGUUAUAGUGGUACAUUAACAAGACACAAAACUGUGCACACUGGUGAAAAACGUUUUCAUUGUGAAAUAUGUGGGAAAUGUUUUACCCGUAGAGGUCAAAUAGAGGAACAUAAAAAAAUACAUACAGGAGAAAAACCCUUCCACUGUGAAAUAUGUGGGGCAUCAUUUCGUCGUAGUGGUACAUUAACAAGACACAAACUUGUACAUACCAGGGAAAAAAGUUUCCCUUGUGAAAUAUGUGGGAAAUGUUUUGCCUCUAAUAGUAAUUUAAAGGAACAUAAAAGAAUACAUACAGGAGAAAAACCCUUCCACUGUGAAAUAUGCGGGGAAUCAUUUCGUCGUAGUAGUACAUUAAGAAGACACAAAUUUGUACAUACCAGGGAAAAACGUUUCCCUUGUGAAAUAUGUGGGAAAUGUUUUGCCUUUAAUAGUGAUUUAAAGGAACAUAAAAGAAUACAUACAGGAGAAAAACCCUUUCACUGUGAAAUAUGUGGGAAAUGUUUUACCUCUAAUGGUAAUUUAAAGGGACAUAAAAGAACACAUACAGGAGAAAAACCCUUCCACUGUGGAAUAUGUGGGAAAUGUUUUACCUCUAAUAGUCAUUUAAAGGGACACAAAAGAACACAUACAGGAGAAGAACCCUUCCGUUGUGAAUUAUGUGGGAAAUCAUUUGGUUCUAGUAGUAUAUUAAGAACACACAAAACUCUACACACUGAGGAAAAACGUUUCCAUUGUGAAAUAUGUGGGAAAUGUUUUACCUGUAGUGGUAAUUUAAAGCAACAUAAAAGAAUACAUACAGGAGAAAAACCCUUCCGCUGUGAAAUAUGUGGGAAUUGUUUUACCCAUAAUAAUAAUUUAAAGAAACAUGAAAGAACACAUACAGGAGAAAAACCCUUCCACUGUGAAAUAUGUGGGAAAUGUUUUACCCGUAGAGGUCAAAUAGAGGGACAUAAAAGAAUACAUACAGGAGAAAAACCCUUCCACUGUGAAAUAUGUGGAGAAUCGUUUCGUCGUAGUGGUACAUUAACAAGACACAAACUUGUACAUACCAGGGAAAAACGUUUCCCUUGUGAAAUAUGUGGGAAAUGUUUUGCUUCUAAUAGUGAUUUAAAGGAACAUAAAAGAAUACAUACAGGAGAAAAACCCUUCCACUGUGAAAUAUGUGGGGAAUCAUUUCGUACUCGUCGUAUAUUGACAGUACACAUAUCUGUACACACUGGAGAAAGACGUUUCAGUUGUGAAAUAUGUGGGAAAUGUUUUACCACUAAUAGUAAUUUAAAGCAACAUAAAACAAUACACACAAGAGAAAAACCCUUCCACUGUGAAUUAUGUGGUAAAUGUUUUACCACUAAUAGUAUUUUAAAGGGACAUAAAAGAACACAUACAGGAGAAAAACCGUUCCGCUGUGGAAUAUGUGGGAAAUGUUUUACCCAUAAUAGUGUUUUAAAGCAACAUGAAAGAACACAUACAGGAGAAAAACCGUUCCGCUGUGGAAUAUGUGGGAAAUGUUUUACCCAUAAUAGUGUUUUAAAGCAACAUGAAAGAAUACAUACAGGAGAAAAACCCUUCGAGUGUGAAAUAUGUGGGAAAUGUUUUACCUUUAAUUGUCGUUUACAGACACAUAAAAGAAUACAUACAGGUGAAAAACCCUUCCACUGUGAAAUAUGUGGGGCAUCAUUUGGUUCUAGUAGUAUAUUAAGAACACACAAAACUGUACACACUGGGGAAAAACGUUUCCAUUGUGAAACAUGUGGGAAAUGUUUUACGACUAAUGAUUAUUUAAAGCAACAUAAAAGAACACAUACAGGAGAAAAACCCUUCCACUGUGGAAUAUGUGGGAAAUGUUUUGCCUAUAAUAGUAAUUUAAAGCAACAUGAAAGAACACAUACAGGAGAAAAAACCCUUUCACAGUGAAAUAGGUGGAAAAUCAUUCUCUGAUCAAUCUCCUUGUGCACACCACAAAAAGAUACACUCUGAAAAAAAGAAUAAUUGUGAAAUAUGUGGGAAAGCAUUUCUUCUUAAGGCUGGUUAAACCAUCCAACCCAUGCCAGCAUGGAUAAAGGAUGCUUAAUGAUGAUGAUUUGCCCCUGUUUGGUAAUAUUUUCAUGCAGGAAUGGAAAUGGAAGCCACUUGUGUAUUUCAAGUCAAACAGACACACACGUACGUGAUGGGCUUCCUUCAGUUUCUGUCUGUCGUUUCUAUUGACAUGUCUUUGGGUGGACUCAAUGUUGUGGACUCAUGGAAUUACUAGCAUACCUGAGCUGUCAAUGACAGGUAUUAUUGAAAUAUGUACAUGAUUAAAGAUGCUAAUGUGUGUAUGAGGAUUUAAAUGAAAAUGUCAAAAUAACGAGAUAAAAAGUAAAUUUUUUUAUUACUCCCCAAAUAUUAUAAAGGAUUGUUUACUUUUAGUAUUUUCAAUAUUUUGUUGUCAAUGAUUCACUCAUUAUUCUACAUUUUGUUAUUUUCUACAAUAAAUGAUUUUCAAAAUUUCAUA